AUGACCUGCCGAGCGUGCGGGACGGACAGAAGCGUGCGGAAGUACCGUGCGGAUCUCGGCAAGUACUAUUGGAGACGUGCGCACACGCACAUGUGCGUCAAGUGCCACGAAGCGCACGUCGGCGCGAUGACGCCCGAGGCACGAGAGGAGUUCGACAAACAGUGCGCCGAGGAAACAGGACGGCGUAAAUCGAAAGCUCUGCUGGAGCGUCGCGAGCCGAGACCGCCGGCGCCGGAGGGCAUGACGUGCCGAGCGUGCGGGACGGACAGAAACGUGCGGAAGUACCGUGCGGAUCUCGGCAAGUACUGUUGGGAACGUCCGCAUACGCGCAUGUGCGUCAAGUGCCACGAAGUGCACCUAGACGCGAUGACGCCCGAGGCACGAGAGGAGUUCGACAAACAGUGCGCCGAGGCAGCGGGACGGCGUAAAUCGAAAGCUUGGAUGGAGCGUCGCGAGCCGACGCCGCCGGCGCCGGAGGGCAUGACGUGCCGAGCGUGCGGGACGGACAGAAGCGUGCGGAAGUACCGUGCGAAUCUCGGCAAGUACUAUUGGCACCAUCCGUACACGCGCAUGUGCAAGAAGUGCCACAAAGCGUACCUAGACGCCAUGACGCCGCGAGAGCGAGACGAAUUCCUGCACGAGUGCGCAGAGAAGAACCGAGAAGCGUGGACACGUAUCUUGCGAGAAAGUUCUCCGUAUGGCUGA